AGCAAAUCGAAUUGUGAGGUUACUGAUGCUGGAUGAAGAAACCAAAUGGAUCAAGCCCGACAUUCACCAGCCACACCCUAAAGUUAGCACGAGGCUGAGAAGCCGCCGAAGAUCGCAGGCACAGACGUUCGGCGCCUUGUCUUGACUUGAAACAGCUGAACACCUCCGUUUCGAGGAGACUCGUCUCAUCUUUGAACCUUCGAACCACCGAGAACAUGAGGCCAGCUCACUAAAGAAAACCUUCUCCUUCCCUUCUUUCGUUAUACUUUCGCUCAACAAGAUUUCUGUUCUGCAUAUACUCCUGAACCCAAAAUGUCUUAUCCGCAACAAUCCCCGGAGCUGCAUUGGGCCAAGCCCAUCUCCGUUGACCUCUUCCUCAAAGUUCUGAAUGUUACUUUCCUCCACCCGUUCGUGGCAUGGAUGAUACCACUUUGUAUGCGUGCGCAGGCAAUGGUAUGGCACCAUCCUGCCAUGCAGAUUUCGAUCGGAUACGCUGCGUUCUUGACUGCGCUGUACUUCUUGAAUAUACUCAACAGGCAGAUUGCAUACUCCAAACCACGCAAGGUCGAUCUUUCGGAGGAGGUCAUUGUGAUUACUGGCGGAGCAAGUGGUCUCGGUCUUUUGAUUGCAGAGGUCUAUGGAAUGAGAGGCGCCACGGUUGCGAUCCUGGAUAUCAAGGAACUUGAGUCUGGAGAAGCGCGAGGCGUCACGGCGUACAAGUGCGAUGUGGCAGACAAAGAGCAGCUUACCCGUGUAGCAAUUGAGAUUGAAAGAGAUCUGGGAGCACCAACCAUCCUAAUCAACAAUGCUGCUAUCGUCAACGGCAAGCCUCUUCUCGACCUCUCGAUAGAUGAGAUUGAUCGGUCAUUCGGAGUCAACCUCCUUUCGCACUUCUACACCCUCAAGACGUUCCUACCUGGCAUGGUUUGUGCUGGAUCAGGGACAAUCGUUGCAAUCUCGAGUAUAAUUGGACAGACUGGAGCCGCGGGCCUGACAGACUACUCUGCUUCCAAAGCUGCGAUAACGGCUAUGCACAAGUCACUGGCCGCUGAGUUGAAAGCAUACCCAGACAUCAAAACAAUACUGGUAACCCCAGGACAGCUCAGCACACCACUCUUCAACGGAGUUGAGACGCCAAACUCGUUCUUUGCGCCAGUACUAGAACCUGUCGAUGUUGCAAAGGAAGUGAUCGCAGCCAUUGAUGGUGGAAGCAGUGCAGCUCUGGCCAUGCCCCUAUACGCGCGGUGGAUUGACUGGUUAAAUGUUAUGCCAGUCGGGGUGCAAGCUAUUGUAAGAAGAAUAGCUGGGGUAGAUACUGCUAUGAAGGGAUUCGCAGGAAGAACCAAUAGUGAGAAGGAGAGUUUGAUCUAGACGAUAUUGGUGCUGGCAUCAUUAUCAAACUGUAAUGUGGAUAUGUAAAAAUAAUAAAAACAAAGAACACAUUGAAAUUUGGGUUCUCAUAGAUUCAGAG